AUGAAAACCGGUCCGAUCACGGACAUUAGACCGAACCUGCGAGAGUUAAAUACAUCGUGGAUGGCUACAGAUUGGCGGCUAAAAGAACUCAAGUCAAAAAUGCAUGCGGAGCACGCCAAACUGCUGCAGUGGAAUUGCGCCCUUCCUGUUACAAACAUCGGUCCGGUUCCCCAAGCGCGUUUGCUCUUUUCGCAGACCGGCGUGCAUGUGCUGAGUGGAGUACUAGCAAAUUUGCUUAUGUCCGUCGCAGGUCGCCUCUGA